GUCCGGGCGCCGCCGCUCGGCCUGGGUCCGGGGCGCAGCGAGCAGCGGCGGUUCCCGGUGGCAGCGGCUGUUCCCGGUGCACGGCUGCCAUGUCUGCCGUGGCCAAGGCCUCCGGAGCGCUCAAAUCGGUGGAUUAUGAAGUGUUCGGGCGAGUGCAAGGUGUUUGUUUCAGGAUGUACACGGAAAAGGAAGCGGCGAAGUUAGGAGUGGUUGGCUGGGUUAAAAAUACCAGUCAAGGAACUGUAACAGGCCAAGUUCAGGGCCCAGAAGAUAAAGUAAAUGCAAUGAAAUCCUGGCUGACUAAGGUUGGAAGCCCAAGUUCUCGCAUCGAUCGAACCAAUUUUUCCAACGAAAAGGAGAUUUCCAAGCUUGACUUCUCAGGAUUUAGCACUAGAUACUAAUAGAAACCAUCAUUGAGCAUAAAGCUGUGAUGUCUCUGCUGCAUGAUGUUCUCUGUGCCUCCAUAACAUGUCACGGGAGCAUUUGGAUGCUCUCCAUACUAGAGAGAAAUAGAAAUGGUCCCUGUUCAAGUGGAGUAAGAGUUCUUAGUUGCUGUAUUAGACAUUUAACACCAUGAAUGUCAAUAUCUAGUAUCUAAAAUGCCAAUAUCCAAUUUAUUACAUCUUGAAAGCUAGAUGAAUGCUUGAAAGUGUCAGUGAUUACUCGUGCACAAUGAGACUUGUUAUGUGUAACCAUAUGGCACCUAAUCUUUACACUGUGAUUCAUAUUUUAGAUGCAAAAUAAUGAAGUUAUGUUCUCCUGUUUGUAAUCUCUGUAAACAUCCUUAACUGCAGGGCCUGGAACACUGAGAGAUCUAAUGUAGCUCUGUGUUAUAGACCAUGCUAUUUGUGAUAAGGAGUUAAGAUAUAGUGAUAAUUUAAAAUAAAUGUAUGUUUAUUCAGACUCAGACUAAGAUUAUUUGACCAGUUCUGGUUCAAAAUCCUCUAAUAAUUCAGUAUAAGUAAUUCAGAUAAGUAAUUCUAGUAAUUCAGAUAAGCCAUGAAACACAACAGUGGUCUCACCCUUUGUUCCAUAUAUACCUACAGCUUACAUCCAUAGUGACCAUAAAGGAUGCUUUAGUUUUUUUUGUUGGUGUUCUUACUAAAAUGAAAGACUUCUGUUACUUUGCUUAUGGAUGUGUGUUUGCUCCUUGGUUAAUGUAUGUUGGAACCUGAUUUGACAUGAUGCACCCACAUACAUCAUGUCAAGUACAUAAAAGGUCAUGAGAAACUUGAGAGCUUGCAAUAAAUACUGGAUAAGUGCUUGCAGUAUUGGA